AGAGAUGGACCUGCUUCAUAGUUGUGGGGUGAAUCUAGCCAUCCAUUUGCAGACAGAGUACCGGGACUAUGUGAAUAUGUUUCAGUGGGUCUCCUCAGUGGCGGAUCUCCACACCACCUUCUUUGUUUUUUUUCCCAUUUGGUUUUACCUGCGCAGAGAUGUUGCUGUUAAACUCAUAUGGGUGGCUGUGGUUGGAGAUUGGCUGAACCUGGUCUUGAAGUGGGUGCUAUUCGGUGAAAGGCCAUACUGGUGGGUGCAUGAGACAAAUUUUUACGGGCCUUUAAAACAUCCUGAACUGCAACAAUUUCCCAUCACAUGUGAAACCGGACCAGGAAGCCCAUCGGGUCAUGCCAUGGGCUCUGCAGGAAUUGGGUAUAUGAUGGUCACAGCCGUGCUUUCCAUUGUCGCCGAAAGAAAAAUACCUGCUCUACAUUACAGGUUUUUACAGUUGAUGCUGUGGAUGCUGCUGGGUUUGGUGGAGUUACUGGUGUGCAUGUCUAGAGUCUUUCUGGCAGCCCAUAUCCCACACCAAGUUGUCAGUGGAGUUAUUUCAGGCAUAGUUGUGGCAGAAAUAUCCUCCAGAGUGCAGUGGAUCUACAAUGCUAGUCUGAAGAAGUACUUCAGCAUAACUCUGUUCCUGCUGCUCUUUGCGGUGGGCUUCUAUGUUUUGUUGAAAGCUCUGGGUGUGGAUCUGCUGUGGACUUUGGCAAAGGCCUGGAAAUGGUGCAUCAAUCCCGACUGGGUCCUUAUGGACACCACCCCCUUUGCCAGUCUUUUGAGGAACAUGGGAACACUUUUUGGUUUGAGGCUAGGUCUUCACUUGUCGUGCUACAACAACUCCAAGAAAAACAGCAGUGCCACCUUCAGUGCAGGAUGUAUUUUUGUAUCAUUGGUACUGCUACAGCUUCUGGACUCAGUGACGUUUUCCUCGAACAGCCAAUUACUUUUCUACCUUCUGUCAUUCUGCAAGAGCGCUGCUGCUCUGGUGGUGCCCACUGCACUUGUUCUUGGUGUGACAUCUUGGCUUUCUUCAAAAAGCAAAUAUGAAAAGUACAUGUAGCACAAUAUUCAAAUGGUUCAAAUCAUUGAAUGGUACAUCAUACAUGAAGUUUGACUGACACGGAUUUGCUGUGCAACUGCUAAUACAAAUUUUUCAAUACAAAUGCAGUGGUCAAAAAACUUUUUUAAUGAGCACGACUGUUAUGCACUGUUAUUAAAAAUACCUCAUAGAGGGCAUGUACAGGAUGGGUGGCAACAAAACUUUCAUGUAAACUGCUGACCGAAGUCUCCUGAUUUAAGUCUGCUCAGUGGUUCUCAACUGGUUUUGCGUAAGGAGACAGAUUUAUAUAAAAAAAUAAAGUGGCAAUCCAACAUACUCUCCAAAAUGUUUAGCGUACAAAAGUAAAUGAAAAUGUCCCUGGUUAAAAACUGAAAUGUAUUAAUGUUCCAACUUUUAAGGAUAAGGGCAUAUAAUGCAACCUGUGUGCAUUGUCCAAAACCAUUUGCAAAAUACCAUAGUUUGAUUGAAUGCACAGAAUUCAAGUCAACAAAAAAAACAAAAAAAGACUUUAAAAAGUGGAUAAGCCAAAUGUAUUUUACUAUCCCAAGUAUGCAUGAUUAUACAGUUGCAUUUUAUUAUUUGCAUUUAGCAUCAUUUUCCCUGAUGCAUGCGACACAUUUUUGGGUUGCCCCCCACCAGUUUCAAACCACUGUGUGACCAUAUUUUCUCCCUAAGUAACUAUUUAAGUCACUGCAUUAUGAGACAAGUAGAUCUAAAUUGUUUUCACAGGAUAAUAUUUAUGAGAUCACUGUGGCAUAACUACUUUACAACAGAGAUUUCCUUCACAUUAUGACAACUGCUUAUCUUGUUAUCUGUAAAUGGGUUUAAAGCUAGCUCAUUCACUAAACAACAUUCAUUCAAUUCACAUGUUCAAAGGUCUCUCAGUCAUGCUCUGUACAUAAGGUACAUGUUUUGUACAUUGUUCCUGCUGACUGUUGUUAUUGGGAUCAUUCAGCUCUAUGUUAGUUUCAGUACCAUUAGCCUCCAGUGCUUCCCAAUCUAACAACAGAACAAAAAGCAAAUUCUACACAUUAGAUUAGAUUCAUUUCCUACAGAUAAGGUUAUUUUAAAUUCACAAAAAAACUCCCUAUAAGAACUUAAUGAUGAACUUUUAUGUCCAGGCAAUGUUGAGUUAGCUGCAACCCCCUUUUUAAUCUUAUGUAAAGAUUAAGAUUUUUUUUAAUUUUUUUUUUUUUUUUUAAUGUAAAAAUAUGUAUUUUUUAAAAUGAUGCAUAAACCAUUAUGAUCAACUAAUGUACAGUACAGUGUGCACUGUGUAUUGGAAAGUGAAAACAAGCUGUUUUGAACAAGCUGGUUAGAACCUUAAAAAUCAUUGGUGUAACCAAAUGUAGUAAGGUUUAUUCAGUCAUAUUUAAUAAUAUUUUUGACUUAAAUGGAACCAGCUAAUUUAGAUGUUACCGCAUAAAGCCAUUUUUACGUUACACGACAUAUCUUUCUUUUAUUCUUUUUUUUUUUUUCAUUUCUUUUUUUGUAAGUAUUUGCAGUACUUCAAGACUCUAAGAUGUCUGACAUAGACAUUGUACUGACAAAGUUAUAAACUUGGAGCCAAACAUCAGUGUUUACUGUAACCUACUAAAGUAGGAUAUCUCUUGACAUCUUUUUAUGAUUGACACUCUUUCAUUGAGUACUGCAUCUUCAUAUCAAUAUACAUAACUUCUAAACUUUCCUUAUGCAUGCAUGCAUGCAAAAAAAUCAUUGUAACAUGUAUGUCUUUCACUUUUACUUGUUUCAGACUCGAAUUGCCCAUAAUGUUACAUAUAAAGGGGAGAAUAAAUGUUUGUACCUGCUGAUAAUGUUCCUUUCAAUUUCGCUUUUGCAUUUUAAACUCAUUGCAUGCGUUAAUUUUUCACUGACAGUGAGACCUUGUUCAGUGUCUUCCUACAUUACUGAAAAUAAAUGAAUUAUGCAUUGCAUUAACCUAUUUAAUCCCAUUUUUUUCCCAGCUAAGUGAAGACAUUUAUUUUACUCCUUGGACAACUUGAUGAAAAACUCUUAAAAAAGUGAGACAACAUUGAUACUUAACUGAAACAUACUGUAUAUGUGACCUCAAUUAAAACUC